UCUCGCGAGGCUUCUGCCGGCGCCCCCGGGGGCUCUGUCCGCCUGUCGCCGGGGCGGAGCGGCGGCCAUGGCCGCCCUGCGCAGCCUGCUGCGGUGGCGCCGCCGCUUGGGCCCCGCGCCCGGCGCGCAGCCGGCGCGGAGGCUGUGGGCCGGCGGCGGGGCCGGGGCGGCGGGGCUGAGGCGGUGGCGGCGGGAGCUGGGCUGGGCGGCGGGGGGAGCUCUCGCCGGGUACGUGGGGUACCGGCUGUCCGAGCGGCGGCGGGAGCCCCCCCGGGAGCCGGCAGCCGCCGAGCCGGGCGGGGCCCGAGCGCUGCUCCCCAUCCCCGUGGCGGCCGCUGCCAAGGAGACGGUUACAGAAAGCAGAUCAGACCUUGAAGAUUUACACCUUUAUGCAACUCCUCGGGAGCAACGGUUUCGUAGGUUUGCCAGUUUAGAAUUUGAAGGACAGCUAUAUAUGACUCCAUAUGACUUCAUUCAGGCUGUCACAAAUGACGAACCCAAAUGUGCUAAGAAGUGGCGAUCUCUUUCAAAGCAGGAACUGAAUCAGAUCCUUAUGGAGACACCACCGGUCUGGAAAGGAUCAUCUAAACUUUUCCGUAAUCUUAAUGAGAAAGGUGUGAUAUCUUACACAGAAUAUUUAUUCCUCUUAUGUAUUUUAACAAAGCCACAUGCCGGUUUUAGAAUCGCUUUCAACAUGUUUGAUACUGAUGGCAAUGAGAUGGUGGACAAAAAGGAAUUCUUAGUGCUACAAGAGAUUUUCAGGAAAAAAAAUGAGAAAAGAGAAAGAAAAGGAGAUGAAGAAAAACGUGCAAUGCUGCGUCUUCAACUUUAUGGAUAUCAUACUUCUACUAACAGUGUUCUUAAAACAGAAGGAGAGGACCUUGUCCCCAGGAGCUAUUGGGAUACUUUGAGACGUAGCACAAGCCAAGCACUCUUUUCGGACCUUGCGGAGCGUGCUGAUGAUAUUUCAAGUUCACUGUCAGACACGACACUGCUUGUACACUUUUUUGGCAAGAAAGGAAAAGCUGAAUUGAACUUUGAAGAUUUUUAUAGAUUUAUGGAUAACCUACAAACUGAGGUUCUAGAGAUAGAAUUCCUUUCCUACUCUAAUGGGAUGAACACCAUCAGUGAGGAAGACUUUGCCCAUAUUCUUUUGAGGUAUACAAAUGUGGAAAACACAUCAAGUUACCUGGAAAACAUGCGCUGCAGGAUUCCUGAAGAAAAGGGUAUCACAUUUGAUGAGUUUAGAUCAUUUUUCCAAUUCUUGAACAACCUAGAAGACUUUACAAUUGCAAUGCAAAUGUAUAAUUUUGCAAGUCGUUCCAUAGGUCAAGACGAAUUCAAACGUGCUGUGUAUGUAGCCACAGGCGUCAAGCUUUCACCACAUUUGGUGAACACAGUGUUCAAGAUUUUUGAUGUCGACAGAGAUGACCAGUUGAGUUAUAAAGAAUUUAUCGGCAUUAUGAAAGACAGACUGAAUCGGGGGUUUAGGGGCUACAAACCUAUACAGAGGUAUACUACUUUCAAAUCCUGCGUGAGGAAGGAACUCUAUAGCAGAUAAAUGACGGAGACUCCAAAGUAUGGUUGGAAGGAAUAUUACUCUUGUGUGAUGACUGUAACCAGUGAACAUCUCAGAGAUCUAUGGAAGCAAUUUCGGAGACGAGAUAUGCUGAGAUAAAGGAAGAAAGAAGGAUUAUCUGCACUGGCUAGAACUACUUAUUCCAAUGAAUUCUUAAUUGAGAACAAACCAUCCAGGGUGAAUCACGAAUCUUCCUGCUGCAGUAGAAAACACAGGACUUCUUUUCCACUUAAUAUGGUGAUCAUCAACUCUUACAACUGCUUUGAAGUAUGUAUUUUAUUUAAACAACGAGCUAUAUCACCUGAUUAGCAGAACUAUUUUUUUUAAGAAUACAUUUUUAACAUUAUUUUUUAUUAUUUUGAGAUACGUUUGUCAUUUAAACAAACAAACAAAAAUUUUACAUCUGAGUAGGCAAAUGUUUUGGCAAUGAAGAGACAUUGCCCCACAUCAGCUUAGACUGUGAAUUUGCUUCCAGAACAGCACUGUUAAAAGUUUGUGCUAAAUUGGGAAUGAAUAUACUAAGUAGCAUAACAAUUAUGUACGAGUUGAAUGUACGAAUUCUUAGAAGCUAACAAAGCUGUUUCAGUCAUAAUGUGAAUGAUAGGUAUUUACCUAGGAAAGGUACUGUAUAGACUAUAAUAUUCAGAUUUUCCAAGUCUUACUACUAUGUUUAUUAAUUUAUCCUUUAAAAAAACAAUACAGAUUUUAAGAUGUCUUACGAGCAGUAUGGUGAGAAAAGUCAAAAUGUUCAAAUUCACCUUAAGUAACACACACUUUGUAAUAUUUAUUAUAAAUUUUAUUGCCAUACAUUCAAAUUCACUGAUAUAUUUCUGGUAGAGUAAAACUUCAUGUGUUUCUUGUGAAUAGUGCACUUGUAUAUGAAGUAAGAUGUGGCACUGAGUAGAAAUUAUAGUUGUUUAAUUUGCUACUCCGGAAUGCAGUAUCUGAAAAAUAGAUAACUAACUUGUGUUUGUGUCAAACAAAAAGGUGAAACAAAACAUGAAUGCAUGCAGCAGUACAGAGCAACACUCUGUAAUAUUUGAAUAUUACGCAUCAAAUAUUAGAUAUAAAUUAGGCCUUAUAAAGUUUAUGGAGAUGACAGGCGAUGAGUAGCCACCAUGACCCUUCAUGCCCUGUAGGUUUAGAUGUUACUGAAACAGUGAUAAGGACACUGUUAACAUUUCGUUUUCAUAUUCUCUAAAUGUUUUCUUUGGAAUUGAGCAGCAGCGUUUUCCUUACUCCCUUUCAAGAUGAUUGUUAGGUGGUGUGAGUUAAACCCAAACAAACACCAACACACAUUUCUUACAUCCUUCUUGAAAAGGUUCACUGGACGUUAAGUAAGUCUGUAUCUAUUUAGGAACAAUCUGUGCCUUGAAAUAUUUCUAGCCGAAUAUACACACACUAAAACUAACGUCAGUAAAUUGUUAUCGGAAAGGGAAAUAUUUGCUGGAGUCUGACAAUUAAAAUAGAACCAAAAUAAUGGUUUUAAAUCUUUUAUUACUCCAAAUACCUGUAAGCAAACUUCUCAAAGUUGUAUUUAGUGCACAUGUUGCUCAAAUACCAUCAUUUAUCACAUGUGAAUAGAAAAGAUGUAUAGCAUCUGUGGAAGUACACCUAAGUUAAGAAAUGUUUCAUUUAUAAUAAGAUUUAUCUCUGCUAAAAAUCAAAAUAAAAUGAAAAGGGAGAUUUUUUUUAAGAAAUUCCACUCUGGGAGUCUUAGGGGAAAAAAAUGUGCUACCUGUGGCUUUGUCUGAGAAAAAGCCAGUUCAGAAAACUUGGAAGGAUGCUACUUGAGAAUACUUCAUGAUAAAUACUUACCAAAGUUUCACCUUGGCAUCCUUAAACUACUAACAACAGGAAAAAUUGAAUAAAUUGGGAUAAAGACAUAACAGAACAUGGAUAAGCUGCAGUCCCUGUAUGAACAUUUAGGGAAUUAAUUGUUUCAAUGUAUCGUCUUGGUACGGAGAACUGUCUCACUGCUUCUUGUCAGCGUAUACAAAACCCAAUUUGCUACUUCGGUGAUGAAGGACAAAAAACAGGAAGAAAGGAUAGGGAGUUACCGAAGGGGUUCCCGUCCUGCCUCUUCAUUCACUACUGCCCACUGCCAGGGAUCCUCCCCUUGGAGGAAGCAGCAACCCCAUCAUCGUUUCGCUCCUCCACUGCUCUAGGCAAUAGUGCACUUUGCUUUUACGGCUGGCUUGAGACAAUUUUAUCAUUUUUCUAUAUAUUUCCUAACUAUAGUCACUUAAUAUAAAAUAGAAUGUGAAAGUGUCAGAUUAGUUUUUAAGGUUUUUUUUUUCUCAUGUUUAAUAAUAAGUUAUUUAAUAUAAAUAUGAAUAUAUGCAUAUGUUUAUUUCAAAAUAAAUGCACUUGAAACUAA